GUCCGUGCUCGCAAGCAGUGCCCCCGUAGCUCCCAUUGACCGGUUUCUGGCCAAUGGGAGCUGUGAGGAAGGUGCUGGGGACAGGGUCAGCAUGCGGAGCCGCCUCCCCCCGCCAGGCGAACAGAGACAUGCCAGCAGCAGCCACUUUCGGGAGUGCCGUGGGCCCAUGGUAGGCAGGCAGCUUGCCUGAGCGCCCCGCUGCGCCGCGGGACUUUUAGCGGCCCGGAUUCGGAGAUCGCGAGGGGGCAGCGGAGGCCAGACAGAAAUGUUAGUCAUGGCAGGCUAGACCAGACAGAAAUUUUAGACAGGCCAGAUCCAGCCCGCAGACCGUAUUUUGCCCACCCAUGCCACAGAGAGUCACUGUUCCCUAAUUCUGUCUCACCACCAGUGCUGCCCUUGAAAUCCCAUGAAACCACAAGCCUAGAGAGUUUAGGCAGAAGAGCCUGCUGGGCUUGGAGGCAGGAAGAAAUAAGCAAUGUUGGUUGGUUCUGCUCAUUCAUUCUGCUGCUUUUGCAAUUUUUCCACCUCUUUAUUUUAAUUUGCUUCCUUCUGUGCCUUACAGUGGAGGAAAGCUGUGAUCCUAAAAUCCCCUCAGUGCCAACUAGCAAAGGAUUCAUUGUUCUGUAACAGUAACUCCUGUCAGGCCUGACGAACUACAUGUAGCAUACCACUUUAAUAGUAUUUAUCCAUAAAUGAUGUCAUGUAAGCUCUUAAAUGAAAGCCAGCAUCACACUGAUCUUUAAUAGUAUUGUAAAAUGUAGGUACAGAUACUAGUGAGAUACUACAAUUUGUAUUCUGUUUUGUAAUUGAAAUAAAUAUAUUUGAAAAUGUAGAAAAACAUCCAAAAAUAUUUAUAAGUUUAAAUUGGUAUUCUAUUAUUGUUUAACAGUGGGAUUAAAACUGCAAUUAAUCAUGACUAUUAUUUUUAAAUCUAGUUAAUUUGUUUUGCAUUAAUCACAUGCAUUAACUGACAGCCCUAAUAUUAACCUGUCUGCCUUGGUUCACAUGUAAAUAAAGCAUUGUAAACCAGUGCAAUGGAACACACCAGGAAUAAAUCCUGGGCUAUCAGUCUGACUUGGGGAUCAGCAGAGAAUAUAAAGAGAUGGCAAAAGGAUACCUCUUUAUAUUGUACCUGAGGAAAUAAUCAGUCAGUGUGAUUACAUUCAUGAAAAUGGGAUCCUAACUUGCCGUAGUUGGAAAUGCUGCAAGACAACUUUGGCUUUUAGUGCCAAAAGAUGAGUCGAGGAUACUCAGAAAACAAUAACUUUCCAUAUGACAACAAUCAAAUGGUUUUGGACAUGAUCCUGUACUCUUUAAUCGGUGUCCCUCAGCCUAUCAACUGGGACAGUGUGGCAAGGCUGGUUCCAGGAUUUACAUCCAAAGAGUGUGCAAAAAGAUUUGAUGAACUGAAAAGCAGUGGAAGUUCACCUGUUGACGACCAGUACAAUCCAUUAAUGGCUACCGGCGGGAGUCCUGUUGAAACCCUAGCAAUGUACAUCAAAUCCUCUCUGCUGGAUACACAGGGGGUGUUUCAAGAGCCUUCCAUUGGGCAGAAUUCAAUUUCCAUAACUGGAAGGUCCAGUGUUGCUUCCACAAGAAAUUGUUCUUCAGAAGCUGAGAAACAUUCUGCACAUAAAGUUGGAGAAAAUGCUGAUGAAAGUCAAGGGCCAAAUAUGGUGAUCCAUGUGUGUGACGAAGCAAAAAAUUUGAAGGAAGAUUUUGUUUGUCCUCGAGAUCUUUUGAUUUCUGAAAUGAAGUACUUUGCUGAAUAUCUGUCUGUGGAUGCCCAGCGCUGGGAAGAGGUGGACAUUUCAGUUCACUGUGACGUUCACAUCUUUGACUGGUUAAUAAGAUAUGUUAAAAGGAACACUAAGGAAUAUGAAGUAUAUGAAAUACCCACUUUAGAACCAGGAAAUGUCAUUUCGAUUCUUAUUUCUUCUGAGUUUCUGAAGAUGGAUUCCUUAGUAAAAAAAUGUAUUAAUUAUUGCCACAAAAACAUGAGUGCUAUCAUAGCCACCCCGUGCAACAUGAACUGUGUCAGUGGUGACCUCCUUAAGCGUAUAGCUGAUCUUUUCACACACAAUGAAGUGGAAGAUGUGAAGGACAAAAAAGAUAAAUUUAAGAGUAAACUUUUCUGCAAGAAGAUUGAGAGACUGUUUGAUCCAGAUUACCAGAAUCCAGAUUCUCGGGGAAAUGCAGCUACAUUGUACAGAUGCUGUUUAUGUAAGAAGCUUUUAACUAAAGAAACAGAAAGAAGAAUCCCUUGUGUUCCAGGAAAAAUCAACAUAGAUCAACAUGGAAAUAUUAUUUAUGUUCAUAUAAGAGAUAAAACUUGGGAAGUGCAUGAGUACUUGAUCAGUCUUUAUGAGGAAUUAAAGUCUUGGCGAGAUGUGUACUGGCGCCUCUGGGGGACUAUCAAUUGGCUGAGUUGUUCAAGAUGUAAUCAAUCUUUCCUAUGUACCGAAUUUUCUCACUGCCAGUAUCAUACACAGCCAGUUCUUUAUCCCGGUGUGGCAAGCGCAUUGGGUACAACUGGCACUGGAAUAUAUCCCUGCUGUAACCAAAAAAUUCUUCGAUUUGAUCCUACUCCACUUCCAAAGGGCUGUAAAGUGCGGGAUCAUGUGAUCGGUUUACCGGCUGGAGGUGAAGGUGGGGAUACUCUGCCAUAUCAAACUACUAAAAUAUUGAAUGAUCUGCUUCAGCAUAGAGAUGAUGUUGUUGUUCCUUUUUCUAAAGAUCAGAAUAGUGAUUCGGGGAUUGGGCUGUGUGAUGAGAGAGGAAUUGAAUGUGAUGUGCUGUUAGAACCAAAUACACUGUGGGGCCCAAAAACUGGAGAAAUCAAUGCUUUUCUUUCUCUGAAAAACUGGACUCUACAGCUGAAACAACAGUCACUGCUAUCAGAAGAGGAGGAGUAUACCACUGGCUCAGAGGUCACUGAGGAUGAAGUGGGGGAUGAAGAGGAAGUCUACAAGAAACCAGGGAGAAAAGAGAAGCCAAAGAAGUUAAUCAAACAUCCAAAGAAACAAGUUUCUUCACCUAGUGUUCAAAAAAAGGAGAAACCAAUGGAGAAGUCAAAUUCUCGAGAUGCAUCUCCAUUCAUUGUGAGUAUGCAGCAGAAUAAGUGGGAUGCUUCUAGAUCACUGAGAUUCAACCAGGAUGCUCAAAGAGAAGAUGAUCAGCGAAGGAUGUGUGAGAUUACAGGUCACCUAAUAAAAAUGAGAUUGGGAGACCUGGACCGGGUCAAGUCAAAGGAAGGCAAAGAACAUGCAGGUGGCAUUUACUCUAGACUUGAAGCUCAGAUAAAGGCCUCAGCGCAGGUCAGUGCUCGACAAAAUAGCACAGAGAAAAACACAAGGUCUAAAUCUCGCUUUGGUCAAGGCCGUCCAACCUAAGGAACCUCAGGAAGAAAUCAUAUCCAGAAUCAUUGCUACUUCCUGGAACUGUACUGUACUCCAAUACAGAGAAUGCAUUCUCCAAAAGCUUUUAAGCUUUUUGACUUAUUUAUUAUUUAUUACUGUAAGCCAUGUAAAUUAUUCUGCUAUGAUGAAUGAAUGCAAAAUCCAGAAAGGUCUAAUACUUAUUUUAAUUGUAAAUACAGUUUCUUAGAUUUGCUUUUUUAGGCUAUUGUGUUAAGCUACAUAGAAAACAUUUUAUAAAUCAGCAAAGUUAAAAUAUUUGAAAAUCCUUGCUUAUUGAAGAGUGGUGCUUAUAAACUACUCUAGACCAUCACUUUUAACUGCUAGACAUUUUAAAACGAAGAAACUACUGAAUUAUGAGUGCAAUCAGUAAUGUUUUAAAUGCAUCAUCUAGUAUUGCGAUUUGAAUUAUACAUCUUAGGCUGAGUCUGGGGGUGAUCUUUAUCUUGCUUACACUGGUUUGACUGAUGCAACUUUAUUGAAGUCCAUGGAAUUACUUCUGAUUGACAAGGCUAUAAGUUAAAUCAGAAUCAGGCCCCUAGGCUUUCCUCCCCAUGCCCACACAACUUCCAUUCGUGCUAAGGUGAGCAUCAAGGGGGAUUAGACCCCUAAAGAUCAUGUGAAAUGAACCUACUGAGGGUAUGAUAACUUUACAUCUUGCAUGAGGUAUUCAUUUUCUCAACUUUAAUGCAUGGAAAACAACAUAUUCAUUCUCAUUUUGCUCAUGACACUUCUCCUGCAUCACACACUUCUUCGUUCCCUUUUGUUGUCUGAGCUUUAGAAGCAUAGUAAAGCAGUUUCUUCCUUUAGUGAUACCAGUGCCACUGUAACUUUGUUAGCAGAGGUGGUGUAAGUUCUGUACCUUUUGAAAUAAAAGGAAAUCACUUUUUGAGACAUCUUGCCUAUGUAGAUCUGGGCCAGGAAGUAUGUUUCUAGACCUGCCUGAAUAAUCCUUUUUGGCAAUAGAAUGUUCUGAUAUGGUUCUACUGGAGCAGUAGGGUCCAUGUUUGUUUUAGUGCACAGUCCAGUAGUACUGGAAUGGAACAACUUGCUUGGGAAAAAAUCAUGUUUAUUCAAAUGAAAUUGCAGAAAGCAGUAUUUUGAAAACCACAUUCUAAUUUUUCUAACCAGGCAAAAAGAGCACUCAGGGAAAACUUAUUCCAGAUCGUAAUCAUUCAAUAAAAUGUGUUUGGAAAUUAGCUCAAGAUCUCGGGGUGGGGGUGGGGAAUCCUUCCUUAAAUUGUAUUCUUUAUUUGCAGGCCGUUAUUUGGCUUGUUUCUAGAAUUUUAAAUAAUAAACUGAAAUUGGAAAUUAAGCAUGGUGGUGAUUGCAAGAGGGUGCAGGUUCAUUAAAAAUAAAUGUUAGCUCAGUUUACAUGUGUUCUUCCAAGUUAACAUCAAUCCAAAAUUCACUGAAACCAAGGGAAGGACUUCUGUUGACUUUGGCUUGGGGUAUGAUUGGUAGGUGCAGCAGUGUUUUAUCUUGCAUUCAUAAGAGACAUGGCUUUAUCAAAACCUAUUGUUUGUUUGCACAAAAAAAAUCAAUUUUGUAUUUUAGAAGUUCAGUGUUUAUACUAAAGAUUAUUUGAAAGUCAUUUUCUUAGAAAAUGGUUUACAAUUCACUGUGUGCAAAAAUGUGUUAUAGUUUUCUAGAUUGUAUAGAAGUCUCUCUAAAGCUGUACAUGUAAACUUUGCUCAGCAAAUUGAUUAAGGGUGUGUGUGUGUGUGUGUGUGUGUGUGUGUGUGUGUGUGUGUGUGUGUGUGUGUGUAAAAGAUAUUUUAAAACUACUGACUCGAAAAAGGGAAAAAAAUCUCUCCAGGACGGGAAAGUCUAAUGCUUUGGUUAUGUCAAAAUGUCAUUUUUACAUGCCAGUAUCCUUCAUAAUAUUCUAUUCAAAAUGUUUUUUCUAAACAUAUGCCUGUAAUAUAUGUAGUGGAAGGGCAAUUCAUAUUUUAUUAAGUAUUAGUAGUAUUUUCUUUGACAAAUUCCAUUAACUUUUAUCCUGUAUUAACUUUGAAGUCAUGUCUCAGUUUAACUGAAAUAAAUGUUACUGAUUUAAAAA